AUGGUGCCUUGGCCUUAAUUGGGAAACUCCUAUUCUGCUCCUAAUAAGAACAUUGAAAAGGCUACCACCCAACAGUCUACUAUGUCUGGAAAAGAUAAAGGACCCCUCAUCAGUAAUGCCAUUUCCCAUGAAAGUAAGAUAGAGCUUCUGCCACUCUACUCUACAACUGCACUGAUUGAAAAGCUUGAAGAGCUGGAGGAAGAACAAAGCCCCUUGGAUAUCCCUAACAUUAAAAACUCAGGAAUCAAGUGGUUAGAGAGAGACACUGCAGAAAAAAUAACUGCUGGCUUCCAAAGGGUCUUUAAAGUGAUUCUCCUCCUGGGACUUCUCUACUUAUUUGUCUGCUCCUUGGACAUCCUCAGCAGCGGCUUCCAGCUAGUUGGAGGAAAAAUGGCUGGAGAGAUUUUCCGUGAUGAUUCAGUGUUGACCAACCCUCUGGCUGGCUUGAUGAUUGGUGUGUUGGUGACUAUCAUGGUGCAAAGUUCCAGCACAUCCUCAUCCGUCAUUGUCAGCAUGGUGUCCUCUUCAUUGUUGACAGUAAAGGCAGCAAUUCCCAUUGUUAUGGGAGCCAAUAUUGGGACUUCAGUCACAAAUACAAUGGUGGCCCUCAUGCAGGCUGGAGAUAGGGAUGAAUUUCGAAGGGCUCUUGCAGGAGCUACUGUACAUGAUUUUUUUAACUGGUUGUCAGUGCUGGUACUGCUGCCUCUAGAGGUGAUCACGGGCUACCUUUACCAUCUCACCAAUGUUAUAGUGAAAUCCUUUAAUCUCAAGAGUGGAGAUGAUGCCCCUGAACUUCUGAAAGUCAUCACGGAUCCCUUCACAAAACUCAUCAUCCAGCUGAAUAAAAAAGUCAUAAGUGAAAUUGCUACAGGAAAUGAGGCUGCAAGAAACAAGAGCCUGAUUAAGACUUGGUGUAAAACUUUUAAAAACAUUACUUUAGGCAACAUUACCGUUCCCUCACCAGAAAAUUGUACCUCUCCUACUCUCUGCUGGACUGAAGGGAACAUGACUUGGACACUCAUGAACACAACAUAUGAAGAGAACAUUGAAAAAUGCAAACAUGCAUUUGUGAACACCAACCUCUCAGAUCUAGGCAUUGGACUCAUCCUUCUCGCCCUCUCCUUGCUGGUCCUGUGCACUUGUUUGAUUUUAAUUGUCAAGGUCCUGAACUCUCUGCUCAAAGGACAAGUUGCUGCAGUGAUUAAGAAGACCAUCAACACAGAUUUCCCCUUCCCAUUUACCUGGCUGGCAGGCUACCUUGCCAUCCUUGUUGGAGCUGGGAUGACCUUUAUUGUGCAGAGUAGCUCUGUGUUCACCUCUGCAAUCACUCCUCUGGUUGGCCUCGGUGUGAUCAGCCUUGAGAGAGCUUACCCUUUAACCUUGGGCUCCAACAUCGGCACCACCACCACCACCGCCAUCUUGGCUGCAUUAGCUAGCCCUGGAAAUACUUUACAAGAUUCACUCCAGAUUGCCCUGUGCCAUUUCUUCUUCAACAUCUCAGGAGUCCUUCUGUGGUACCCAAUCCCAUUUACACGCCUGCCUAUCCAUCUUGCCAGAGGCCUCGGGGAUAUCACAGCCACCUACCGUUGGUUUGCCAUUGUCUACCUGAUCUUCUGCUUUGUCUUGGUUCCACUGGCAGUGUUUGGCCUCUCCCUGGCAGGGUGGUCUGUGUUGGUGGGUGUAGGGGCACCCAUAUUAUUUCUAUUGCUUGUGGUCUUGAUCAUCAGGGUUCUACAAGGCCAUUGCCCUCAAGUUCUCCCUAAGAAGCUGCAAAACUGGGAAUUCUUGCCCCUGUGGAUGCAAUCCUUGCAGCCCUGGGAUGGGCUGAUGUCUUCCCUUAUUGAUAACUGUUGCCAGCAAUGUUAUUGCUGCUGGAUAUGCUGCCUGCUGUGUAGAUGCCCCCUGAGUGGCCACUGUAAUAAGUGCAUCAAACUUGAUGAAGAUCAGGAAGAGGCCAAGGAAAUCCUCAUCAAGGUCUUUGAGCUUGAACUAAUUGAACUUAAAACUUACAAGUCCCAGCCAGGCACCAAGGCACAGGAAAAGGACCCAGAAAACCAAGGGGCAAGAGGAAACCCUUCCAUUUCAGCAGCUCAGAUGCCCUCUCUUUGCCUUUAAUGGACCUCCUUCUAAGAGAGAAUGAUCUUCACUUGCCUUUUGACAAUCCACAUCCCACAUCCAUCUCUUCCCUCUAAAACACUAUUUCCCAUACUCCCAUCUCAUCCCUUCUAAUGAGGCUAUACCAACAAUAUUCUAGCUCCAACAGACAUUUAGGAAACUGGAAUAUAUGUUCAAAAACAGCAACCAACCCAUUCCUGAAAUUCUGUUACUUCAUUUGGGGUCAAAUAGAUCUUUACUCUGGCUUUUCCCAUGUAUAUAAAGAUAUUUUCUCUAUGUAUAGUCACUGAAUUGUACUGUUUUUCAUUGUAAAUAACCUGUAUGAUUUUUGCUUCUUGUUCUCUUGAGCCCUUCUUUUUACCCCCUUCCCCAGUUAGCAAAAAUAAGUGUCGCAUCAGAUAUCCUGCCUCGAAUCUGAUUAAUAAUAUUAGGGCUAGAGUUGGGGCCCAUUGCCCUGCAAGAAUCUUUCUUAAACUUCUUGUUGAUCAGUUGUGUCUUCAUGACAUAAGAUUUCCUUGGCAAAGAUACUAGUCACCAUUUCAUUUUCUAGCUCAUUUGAUAAAUGAGGAACUGACAAACUGAGUUGUGACUUGGUGAAAGUCACAAAGCUAGUGUCUGAAGCCAGAUUUGAACCCAGAAAGAUGAGUCUUCCUGGCUGCAGGCCAGCACUCUAUCCCUUGGCCAUCUACCUACCUUUUCUUAAGCUAGUUGAGAGUAAAAAGUAUAUAAUUUUUUCUUAUUCCAAGUACCUAAAUCUGGACGUGUGAAUCCAUAAUUGUUAUAGAAGGCGUUAUUUCCUGUACCUUUCUUUCCAACGGAUAAUUUCCCAAUUAAAAGAGAGCUACCAUCAGUCCAAGCCAGAAAGCGUGGAGAUGCCAUCUUAUUAGUCAGUAUCUUGACAAUCAUUGCAUGAAUGAUUUCAAAAAGGAGGUGAGGUCUGAUAGAUGGGCAAGAGACAGCCAAGGCCUGGGAUGUAAUGAAAGCUUAGUCCUCUGGAAAAUCUCCUAAUUGGCUUGCAUGAGCCAGGCAGUUUUUCUGCAGUCUAUACUAUAGAGUGGAGGAAGUUAUUAAAGUUUCAGCUUUGCCAUCAGUAGAUAAUAGUUUGAGAAUAAGUCACACUUGGCAAAUCUAGUGUGGGUGGCAUCUUGUACAGCACGGGGAGCAUACAUUAAGCUGUCAGGAAAGAAAUUAUGCCCUCUCAUUUGGCUGAGGUUAAUCAAAGAGACUCAAAGGUUCUCUGGUGCCAGCUCUGUUUGUGCUGAGAUUAGAGGCUUCCUCCUCCUCCCUUGGCAGAAGAAAUCUCCCCUUUUGGGAGCACCAUUCCUCCAUGGCUGCUCAGCUGUGGAGUGUCAGGAAGCAUGCUGAACUUGGAGCCAGGAAAUAGCACACCUGGUUCUUACCCCCUAACCCCAGGCUUAUAUUAAGACCAUAACUAGAAAGAACUUCAUAAGCUUUGCAAAUGCAAUAUAAAUAUCACCUCUGGCUCAUUCUAUAUAUCCAAGUUUCUCUUUUCCCAGGAGUUUAGUGAGAUGGGACACUUUGAAUAAUCCAUUGGAGUUAGAAAUGCUCUUCCAUAUGAAGGAAGCAGAGAGGCUUUAAGUUCUAGGAGGAGAUGGCUUUAGGAAGAAUGGGAACUUUGAGAGUCAGGUUCAAAAUAACCUACAGGACUGGCUGUAACUUGUAAAAGCCAAAGAGGUCUGGGUUGGCAGACAUGACUACUCUUACCAGAGUUCACCAUUUUCUCAGGUUUCUCUUGAUUUGAACUUAAAUUCUAAACUAUGUGAAUAAAAAGUGGGAAAAGUGUCUUUCUUGUAAGUAUAUUUUUCCUUAUUUCCUUCUUAUUUAUUUCUAUCUUAUUUCCUCUGUGUUCAUUUGGGAUUUCAGUAAUGAAGUUUUCAAGCAACCAGAAUUUGUGGUUACAGGGGGCACAAGAUACUCCCCCCUCCCGUUAUAUUUUGUUUUUAAAGGUAGAAACAAUGUUUAGCACUUGUGUUCCAACAUUUUGAAAUCCAUGUUCUCUCCCUCCCUCCCAUAUUCUCUCCUUGAGAUGGUAGUCAAUUUGAUGUCAGUUACAUGUGUACUAUGCAAUACACAUUUCUAUAUUUGUCAUGUAUAAGAAGACCCAUAACUUAAACAAGAAAAAUCAUGAAUAAAAUAAAGUGGAAAACAGAAUGUUUCA